AUGGCUCCCAUCAGCAUUCUCAAAUUCGGGGUCUCUUCGCCUGCAGAUACCUUACCCCUCAAGGAGUUGAAAGCUGCAGGUUACGAUGCAAAUGAUAUUCUCGGUGUUGUUGGCAAGUCAGAAGGCAAGUACCCUUCUCCUGUCGCCGGGAUUGGUUUUCAAGAUAUCGAUGACCGGAAUGGCAACGGCUGCGUGAACGAUUUCUCUCGGACGCUCAGCACCCAUGUUUGGGAACCGCUCAUCCCCUCUUCCGCCGUGACUAUAUUCUCUGGAGGCACCGAGGGUGUUCUAAGUCCACACGUGACAUUCAUCGUUCAAGAACCAAAGACGACGGGACUCCAGGCUGCUGUUGGACGGACCCGCGAGCUUGAGCCGCAUGAAAUUGGAACAGCGGUGCAGGCUCGGGAGGUAGCGUCCUCUGUACAGAGGAUGCUAGAGGAAUCCGGGAUUCGCAAAGAGCUUGUACAUCUUGUAUUGAUUAAAUGUCCACUCUUGACCUCCGCUAAGCUGGAGAGCAUCAAAGCUGCGGCGAAGACUGCUAUCACGACGGAUACCUAUGAAUCGAUGGCAAAAUCACGGUACGCAUGCGCCGUCGGGAUAGGACUCGCUCUGGAAGAACUGGAAGACAGUCAGGUGGAAUCCGCAUUGGCGAGCGAAACCAGCUGGAGCAGCAAAGCAAGUUGCAGUUCCGGUGCCGAGCUCGAAGAUUGUCAUAUCCUCAUUCUAGCAUCCGACCCAGUUGCCGGCAACCUGCGUGCCGCUUCAACGUAUAUGGAGGAUGCCAUUGAUGCCAAGUCAAUCAUGAAGAUUCUACAGCAGAUUGAAGCAGAAAAGGGGCAUGUGGUACAGGUCUUUGCCAAGGCAGAGGCGGAUCCUAGGGGGGUUAUUAGGGGAAAGAGACAUACCAUGAAUACAGAUAGUGAUAUACAUAGUACGCGACAUGCGCGCGCUGCUGUAGGGGGUCUUAUUGCGGGGUUGGUGGGGGAUGCUCAGAUAGGUUUAUGUGUCGGUCGUCCUGGUAUUAACAUCAGCAGGGAGGCGCAGAGGGCCAAGGCCCUGCAGGUGGUGGGAGCCUGUGCGUGA